GAGGGAGGGAGUGAGGGAGGCGGAGGACGAGAGGAGAGUCAGAAAGGGUGUGUUUUUUUUCUAUCACUGCAGCAUCAGCGCAGACCAGUAGGCUUAUUCCCUUCACUGGAUAGCAUAAGAGAAAUAGAGAGAGAAAGACAGAGAGAGAGAAAGAGAGAGAGAGCAACGACAGAGAGAGCGGGACAAGGAGACAUAGAGAGAGAGAGAGAGAGAGCUGUGGAAGAGGAACUGUUGGGACUGAAAGAGAGAGACAGGCAGACAGAGGAAGAGAGAGGACUUUAAGCCAUCGUUGCAGUCCAUCACCUCACCUGAGAAGCCAUCAGAGGCAGCAUCAGGGCGUGGACACACCACAGGCAGACACAUUUACAGUCCAAGAGAGACGCCAACACAUUUCCCCUUGCCCUUGAGAAGGGUGUACGUGUGUGUGGGCACGCACGUGUUUGUGUGUGUGUGUUUCUGUGUGUGUGUAAGUGAGAGUGUGCGUCUGGGUACAUGCAUGUAACUGGGUGGAGUGGUUGUUGAUGGGACAGUGAAUCAUGCCUCCAGCGCAGUGUCAGCAGAGGGGCUGUAGGGGGCAGAGCAGCGCCCUCGGCCUCCAGCACCAGCUCCUCCGCCUGCUCUUCUUCAUCGUGGUGUCAGACUCCGCUCUGGGCUCCAUCAACAUCCCCUCAGCCUACAAUAUGAGAGACUUGAUCUUGCAACCUCCCGUCAUCACGGAGCAGCCCGAGUCUGUAAUAGCUUUCGGUCUGGAUGACAUCAUUCUGCGCUGUGAAGCAUCGGCCAUACCAGAUCCGAGCUAUCGCUGGGAGAAGGAUGGAGAACUGUUUGAAGAGCUGGAAGUCAACGGGACCCUGGCAGGGAAUAAGUCUGAGUCGUUACGUUUCUACGAGGGCAAAUAUCGCUGCUAUGCCUCCAACGAGCUUGGCACAGCCGUGUCUAACCUGGUGGAGGUCACCACAGCAUCGAUCCCGACCCUGUCUAAGGAGAAGCCUCUGAAGUUCCGUAGGGACGAGGGAGAGAGUCUGGUGAUGCCGUGUGACGCUCCCCCCGACGCCCCCCCUCACAAGUACCACUGGAUGGACAAAGACGUCCAGCACCUCCCCAAAAGUGAUCGCAUCACCCCUGGUCUGGACGGCUACCUCUACUUUGCCAACGUGGUCCCCAGUGAUUCUCGAAACGACUACACCUGUCACGUGCGCUACGACCUCGCCAGAAACAUGAUCUCCAAGGAGCCCAUCACUCUCACAGUGAGCCCAACUAAUUCAGUCAUAAGGCAGAGGAAGCCUCACAUCCUGAAGCCAUUUGGACCCCACAGCUCUUACCAGGCUCUCCGGGGACAGACCCUCGUUCUGGAGUGCAUCCCCAAGGGGCUGCCCACGCCAACUGUCACCUGGAAGAGGAAGGACAGUAACCAGGAGCUGCCUCACAGGAUCACCCACUUUGGCAGGUUCCUGCACUUUGCCAGAGUCUCAGAGAGUGACGAUGGCGAGUACCAAUGCACUGCUAACAGCUCAGCUGGAGGUGCCUCCCAUACUUACACAGUCACAGUGGAAGCGGCGCCGUACAUCACCAAGCAGCCCCAGAGCCUGCAGUAUGCCCCCGGGGAGACGGUGCUUCUGGAGUGCCAGGCCGACGGGAUCCCCACACCAGUAGUGACCUGGAGUAUGAAUGGAGCACCCAUCUCUGACUUUGACGAGCCCCGGCGUAAGGUCACCAAAGGGGCUCUCAUCCUGACUGAAGUGAAGUUCAGUGACACGGCUGUGUACCAGUGUGAAGCCAACAACGAGCACGGCGUCGUCCUGAUCAACACCUACAUUUAUGUCAUCGAGCUGCCUCCUCAGAUCCUGACAGAGAACAACAUGAAGUACAUGAUGGUGGAAGGGAAGACGGCCAACCUGGAGUGCAGCGCUUUUGGUUCCCCUCGGCCCCAAGUGCUCUGGGCGGAUCAGAGGAUGGAACAGGCCCAGUCUCACCCCAGGAUGUCCCAGACCGUGGACGGGUCCCUCAAGAUCACAGAUGCCAGUGCAGCAGACAGCGGCAUUUACACCUGCAGCGUCGUCAAGAGCAACCUGACCAUCAGCGCCGAGCUGGAGGUGUUGAAUAAAACGGAGAUUUUGGUCCCUCCAAAGGACCAGAGAGUGAAGAGAGGGCAGGACAUCGUCUUGACGUGCAAAUUUCAGGUUGACUCGCGGCUGGACAAACCCAAUUUGCAGCGCUGGCUGAUAAACGGCAAAGUCAUCUCAGAACACCCACAAGACGACAAGUACGCCUUUUUUGAGAACGGUUCUCUCAAAAUGACAGAUGUAUCUUCAGUUGAUGCUGGUAGCUACACCUGCGAGGUGGAAACAGACAUGGACACGGAGAAAGCCACUGCCUCCAUCACUGUCGUGGACAAACCCUUCCCUCCGACUGAUCUGAAGCUGUCUGAAAAGACGCCCAGAAGCCUCUCCCUGAGCUGGACCCCAGGGCGGGACAAUAACAGCCCUCUGUCAGCUUUCUAUAUUGAGGUGAAGGAGGAGCAACAUGGCAAUGGUCACACGUGGGAGGAAGAGAAGCACGUUGAUGCUGACAUCACUCAGGUGGAGGUCCGACUGCGACCGUACGGCACAUACCGCUUCCGGGUCAUAGCCGAGAAUGAAAUUGGGAAGAGCCACCCGAGUGAUGAGUCCGAAGCUUACAGUACCCCACCAGCCAUACCGGAACACUUUCCUAAACAUGUUCGGAGUGCAUCAACCCACCCUGACACCUUAGUGAUCACCUGGGAGAAAAUGGACAAACGGGAUUAUUAUGGGCCUGACUUUAAGUACAAAGUGUUCUGGAGGCGACCUUUGGAGAGCUCCUGGCACCAUCAGAUUGUUUCCCACCACCACUGUGUGGUCAAUGACACAGAGGCCUUUACGCCCUUUGAGAUCAAAGUGCAGGCCGUCAACAGUCUCGGCCAGGGCCCAGAAUCUCCACCACGCAUCGGACACUCCGGAGAAGACAGCCCCCUGGACGCCCCCACAGGCAUCACGGCGGACCCGCUGAAUGGCACCGCCGUCUCUGUCAAAUGGAACCCUGUGAAACCGGAAUCUGUGAGAGGUCAUCUCGUUGGAUACAAGAUUCACUUGAAGAGACUGGUCACCCACAGUAGACGGAGGCGCAGGGAGCUUGAGUCCGAGCGGUUGCCAGAGGAAGAGGAAGAGGAGUACAGAACGCAGGAGGUCCGUGGCAACAAGGCAGAGGCGACUGUGGGUGGGCUGCAGUUCUUCUCCAAGUACCUGCUGACUCUCACAGCUUUCAACAGCUUUGGAGAUGGACCCCACUCUAAGGCCAUUACCUUUGAGACGCCAGAGGGAGCUCCAGGUCCCCCCAUCUUCCUUGAGUUUGAGAGCCCAUCAGAGUCUGAGCUCAGCCUGCACUGGCGUCCUCCACUCAAGCCCAACGGGAAGCUGAAAGGAUACCGGCUUCAGUAUAGGGAGAUCGUGGAUGGAAACGGCAGCAGUGUUGUGAUGCAAGACAUUGAUAUUUCUGACGCUGACAAGACAGACUUUACAGUGAAGAAUCUGAACCCGCACCGAUACUACUACUUCUACCUGCAAGGACACACUGCUGCUGGAUAUGGAGAGAUAACCAAAAUGAAGGGCGCCACCUUGCUGGACGGAGCUCCUCCAAUCAGCAUCAAUGUGACGACCGCUGAGAACUAUGCCAACCUGAGCUGGGUGCCAGGCGAGAGAUCCCGCAACAUCCGCUUUCACAUCCGAUUCAUCCGCAAGAGUGGAGAUGCGCUAGCCGGCGAUGAGUGGGAGAUCUCAGAACAGCUCAACUCCGACCAGGGCUUCUACCAGUUGCCCAACCUGAAGCCGGGGACUGAGUACCGCCUGCAGGUUGUGCUCAACAACGCCACCUACUGGGAGAACGAGGUCCUGACCAGCGGGCCAGAGCUGUCUGAGGUGCAUAGUAAUUUUGCAGCUCAGGGCUGGUUCAUCGGCCUCAUCAGUGCCAGUUUGCUGCUGUUGCUGAUCCUGCUUAUCCUCUGCCUCAUCAAGAGGAGCAAGGGGGGCAAGUACUCAGUCAAAGACAAAGAAGAGGGACAAGGGGACUCGGACGCCAAGCCCAUGAAGGAUGACGCAUUCGGGGAGUACAGAUCGUUGGAAAGUGACAAUGACGAGAAGCGUACGGUGAGCCAGCCCUCUCUGUGUGUGGAGAGCAAGCUGGGGAGCGAGGACAGCCUGGCGGAGUACGGUGACAGUGUCGACAUCCAGUUCAACGAGGACGGCUCCUUCAUCGGCCAGUACAGCGGCCGCCGGGAUGUUCCUACUCAGGGGGGCCACGAAAGCUCCGGAGCCACCUCCCCCAACAACAUGCCCCCGCAAAGUAUUAGUUUCAACAACUCUGUGACUGGCAUCCUGGACCGUUCGAAUUAGACAGGUCUUGGGACAACCAGACGUUCUCAUACAGUUACAUAACAUAAUGUCCACCCCCUAGUGGUGAACUGAGGGACUGACACACACAAAUCCAUUGACUUUGACGUACCAAAAUGAUCCGAUGACACUGCCUGAGUCACAUUAGUUCUCAUUCUCUACACUACUCUAGGACUGACUGCCAGUAAGACAUAAAGGGACUGCAUGUCCAUGAUUCCAAUUUUACUGCCUGUGAUGUCAUUUCAAACUGACAGACUCAUAAACCUGACACACACACACACACACACACACACACACACACACACACACACACACACACACACUUACAAACACACAGUCACUCACAUUCAGAUAAAGGGAUAAGUGACAUAUGCCUAUACCAUGGCAUCUACCCAGUAGUCACUGGACAUAACUUUCACGUGCAACAUUCCACCUUUGCAUAAUAAGAUGACGUAUCCUGCAAACUGUUUACAGGGCUCGCCUGUCUCUCUCCGAGUUUACAGACGUGUGUUGCGUGAGUGGCGUCUCAAACCCUGUGCUCAACCUGUCCUCACUGCCUCCUUCCCACAGUAGCCUGGGUACUCUCACCAGUGUUCACUGGAGAGCUCCAUAGUUAAGCAUAUAACCAAGUCUCAGUGUUUACCACUCUAUUGACUGAAAGGACCAACUUGAGGAGGACAGGAGCUGGACACAGGGGGAGGGAGAGAGAGAAGGAAGGAGGGAUGAAUGGGUGUGUAGCGGGAGAGAGGAGAGAAAAGGCUGAGUCCUCUGGUUCAAAAACGACAUAUGUACAUGAUCAGAAUGACCAAGCUGAAGACAGGGAUAAAGUUUAUACUAAAGGGAAUAGAAUGAGAGCAGUUUCCUUUCUUACCUUUUUUUUUUUUUUCUUUCUUUCUUUCUUUCUUUCUUUCUUUCCUCCUUUCAUUUUCUUUCUUUUGUUGCCCAAAGAGUCUCCAUUUAUGGCAAAAAAAACGCCAUAUAUUGUAUGUCCUAAUUUAAUCAUGAUAUUUUUGUGUGAUUUGUGCUUUUAUUUUUGUAGAAUUGAACAUUUAAUAUAUCAUGUUGGUUAUAUGAAUGGUUUUAUUACAAUGAAAUGUUCUUUGUUGCUUUGCCUUUGUGCUUUUUCUCAUUUUUUGAGUUAUUGUAUACAUUUUAUAUGUGUGUGUGUAGAUACAGUGUGUACCUUUCUUUACAGUCUGUCCUUUUGUGCCUAUAUGGAAGAACCAGAACCGGGCCAUUUGAACAAUUCUAUCUUAUCAGAUAUUUCCCUACAUGCAUAGAAGAUUAUUUGUCAGAUAUUUCCCGACAGAAAUUGAACAAAUGUUCUGUUUUCAUUUGUGACAUCUAAACUUAACUUUUAAUCUUCCAUACGGGUGUUGUACUACUACUUGUGAAACCUUUUAAUCAGGAAGCGUAAUCAUUCCAUCAUUGCCAGUGUACUGUUGCUAUCAUGAGCUGAUCCUUGUGAUUCUGUUUAUUUAAAGUCACAGUGUUCUCUAUGCCUUAUCUAAAAAUUGUCAGUUCAAAGUUGUCACUUAGCAACCCAGUGGUUGCUGUUACACUUUUGACAAAUGGUCAAGUUUCUUUUUCAAGUCUCCAGUCGUUGUGGUGUCGCUCCUGAGCUGUAACUCUUUUCCGUGGCCAUCUUUCGCUGUCUCGUGUGGCAUUUUAAACACCAGUGAACGUUUACUCUCCUACGUAUAUUACUCCAAGACUGCAGGCUAUCUCUAUCUUACUGCCCUGUAGUGCUAAAGCUGUAACAGUAUUAAUACUGCCCUGUAGCGCAAAAGUAAUGUAUUGCCUUACAAAAGAGUUUUCAUGUGGCUACUAAUCCUUAUGAAUGCUUCUGACUAACCCAUUACGUCAUUCGUUUGCGUAACGUAAACAUGCACUUGCAUUUGUGUCAACUCAAUCGCAAUGGUGCAGGUUCAAUCCUAUGGACAAUGUACUAGUCAUUAAUACACACACAUAAACAGCGAUGUCGGUCAAUCAAUACAUAUCUGGCUCUGUAAAGGCAACUGUGAUACUCCAGUUAAUAAGGUUCUUUUUCAAUCCAUAUUAAUCCUACUGUCGUUAAGGUCAUACACGUUUUUGUGUGAGCAAUUCUGACUUCAUGUGCAAAACCAAUGAAAUUGCCCAUGCUUGACAAAAACAGGUGUCUUUUAACAAUGGUCGAUGUUGAAUUUUUUAGCUCAUGCCAAACCCCAAUACAAAAUUUGGUCUGUUCAGAAAAAAAUCUCAAACAUGGUUUGAUUAAUGGCAGUGAGGUCGUUUUUGCUUUUUUAAUGAAGGAGACUAAAGGAGAAUAAAGGGAGGGGAGGGACGAGAGAACGAAAGAUGAAGUGUCACUUUCUGAAUGUAAAUAAACCUUAACGAUUGUCAUUUGGCAUUUCAAUUAUUUUACAGCAGUAUAUUUCUUUUCUUAUUUUUUUUUAUACCUACACUCAUGUUUUUAGAGUUUAUUUAUUGAUAUUUCAGUGUCACCAGACUAUUUGAAUUUCAAUCGUUUUUGCCUUGUAGUAAAAAUAGACGAAUAGAAAGAAUAGAAAAUAGUGAAAAAAGAUAGAAAAAAACCUCCCCCCCAUCCCCAGUCAUUUUACCAUAAAAGAUAAGUAAACCAUCACAAGCAACUGUCAUGAACAAAUAACUUUAAAAAAUAAAUAAAAAUGAUAAAUGAACCAAUGCUGAAUAUGAAUGAAGUGCAUUUUAUGCAAGGUCUUUAACGAGUCCGGAGGGGAAGAGAGAGCCUGCAAGGAAUGGCGAACCCAUGGUAGACUCUUGCAGCAUGGGGAUAGAGCCGUCACUGUAAUGCUGUAAUGCAGUGUAAUGUUUUGACAGUGAACCCAUCCAUAUGUCUUGCGUUGUGGGCAGCGAGGCUUUACGGAGCUGUCCAGUGUUAUUGUGAGGCAUGCAUUAUGACACAUGCAAACUACAAGAGCGCUGUAAACAAAGCUUUCCCUCAUGCUCCCCAGUGAUACCCUCACCAACGACCCACUGGUUACAGUCAGAUGCAUGAUAAACAAAAACACCAUAGAUUCAGUCAAUAUUAAUGUAGCUCUCAAAAGCAUUUUAAAAUAUAUUUUCAUAUGAUGUGAAUUUGUUAUCCCGAACCGGUGGGUCUUUGGUGCACUUUCAAUUCUGAAAGGGCCAGGUGUUGAUCUCUGUGGGAUGCCUUCGCUGCUCUCCCCUCCCUUCCUGACACAGUUUUUUCUUUUUGGUAUGUUGAUACUGUAUGUAACUUUCUUCCUAUUGCCGCCUUGUUUUUUGAAUAUAAACACAGAAAAAAAGACAAUAAAAAAUGGUUGGAAUUAAAAUUUUAAAAGAAUAAUGACAGCCUCUACGAACCACAGAUACAAAAUGUCUGACAAGAGAUUACAGGGACAGAGGGACUAAGACAGAGGCUGUGGUGAAAAAAAGAGUUUGGGUCGGGAAACUGGUGAUGCUGCCACAAUGGUGGUGACUGAUGUUGGGAGGAACCAGUUUGUUGUGGGGAAAGGGGAACACAGGUGGCCUGUUUGCCCCUGUAAGUGUGGCCUGUUUGCCCCUGUAAGCGUUGCAUCCGGUCCUGGGUGGCAUUGUACCUGCUUAUUGCAUCAUGUGCUGUAUCAAAAUACACAAUAAACUAAAUAAAUGGAAUACGCAAACCCUCAAA